AUGAGUAAUAACAUCAAUGCAGCAGACAUAGUCAAAUUAUUUAGACAAGAAUUUAGUAAUUUCAAAGAAGAUAUAAACAAAAAUUUAAAUGAACGUUUGGAUAACAAUGAAAAAGAGUUUAAGAGAUUUAAAGAAGAUAUCAAUGAGAAUUUAAAUAUACGUCUGGAAAACAAUAAGAAAGGAAUAGUAGAAGAAAUAAAUAAUCAUUUGACUCAAGCAAAUGAGCGCAUAAAAGACUUAGAAGAAGAAGUUGCAAGCCUUAAAAACAAAUUAAAAGAAAAAGAAGCAGAACAGAAUGUUAUUACCGAAGGUACUGAAAGGAAAAUUAGAAAAAAUAACAUAAUAAUUGGAAACGUUAAAGAAACAGAAGGGGAGAAAUUGUUAGAUCUGGUUACUCAUUUCAUAAAAUCUAUCGUAAAAGUACCAUUUGUAAAAGAAAACAUAAACUUUGCAAGGAGAAUUGGAAGAAAAUCAAACAAUCCAGAAAAAGAAAGACCCAUAUUAUUGAGCUUGAUAUCGUUUAUAAAAAAAGAAGAAAUAUUGAAUAACAGUAAGAAUCUUGAAGGAAGCAAAUAUUACUUGAAAGGAGACUAUACAUCCCAGCAAAGAACUAUUCGCAGUAAUCUUGUAAAAACUAAGAAACAGCUAGAGGCAGAAGGGAAACAAGUAAGCAUCGUAAAAGGUAGUUUGAUUGUAAAUGGUAAAAGGAUCGAGACUAUUACAAAUCCUGCAAACGUUGAUAGCCAGAAAAGACUAAGAUCACCAGAAGACCCAGAAAAAAGUAAAAAGGGGAAGGUUAGAAAAAAUUCAACAAGAGGGAACGAAGGAGAAGCAACAAUAUAA